AUGACAUCUAUCUAUCUAUCUAUCUAUCUAUCUAUCUAUCUAUCUAUCUAUCUAUUUUUUUUCAUUAUCUAUCUAUCUAGCUAUAUCUAUCUAUUUAUCUCAAUCUUCAGCAGCUAUCUACUUAACUCUGUUAUCUAUCUAUCUAUCUAUCUAUCUAUCUAUCUAUCUAUCUAUCUAUCUAUUCAUUCUGUUAUCUAUCUAUCUUCAUCUAUCUAUCUAUCUAUCUAUCUAUCUAUCUAUCUAUCAGCUCUAAAACUGGCGCUAGGCAAUCUUCUUAUUUCCUGUCAGUUUGUGAACUUAGAAUGUAUAUCUCCCCACAUCUCUCUAUAUGAAUCUAUCUAUCUAUCUAUCUAUCUAUCUAUCUAUCUAUGUCCCGAAUUUUUAAGUCGAUUUUUCAAGUCUGUUCAUUAUCUAUCUAUCUAUCUAUCUAUCUAUCUAUCUAUCUAUCUAUCUAUCUAUCUGUCGAAUUUUAUGUCAAUUUCACUAGGUGAACAAGCAAACGUUCAAGUUGUAAAAUUGGCGCAACACAAUUGUCUUAUAUCAAAGCAGUUAAUAUGUAUGUGCACUUGUAAUCCCUAUCUAUCUAUCUAUCUAUCUAUCUAUCUAUCUAUCUAUCUAUCUAUCUAUCUAUUCUGCUUCAUUCUAUCUAUCUAUCUAUCUAUCUAUCUAUCUAUCUAUCUAUCUAUCUAUCUAUCUACUUCAUUCUGUUAUCUAUCUAUCUAUCUAUCUAUCUAUCUAUCUAUCUAUCUAUCUAUCUAUCUAUCAAGCUAG